GACCCCGACCCCGACCGACCCCGGCGGAGGGUGCGCCCCCGGGGCCUGCCGCUCUCUGUCGCCCCUUGGCCCAGCCCCGUCGAUUUGGGGAACUUGGGAACCCCUGGCGCUGCCCUCCAGACCGCCGAGGGGAAACUGAGGCCCACGCGGGGCCGGCGUCCCCUCACCAGCGUCUCCACACAGACACCAUGGCCGAGCCCCUCAAGGAGGAAGACGGCGAGGACGGCUCUGGGGAGCCCCCCGGGCCGGUGAAGGCGGAACCCGCCCACACCGCUGCCUCGGUCGCGGCCAAGAACCUGGCCCUGCUCAAAGCCCGCUCCUUCGACGUGACCUUCGACGUGGGCGACGAGUACGAGAUCAUCGAGACUAUAGGCAACGGGGCCUACGGGGUGGUGUCCUCUGCCCGCCGCCGCCUCACGGGCCAGCAGGUGGCCAUCAAGAAGAUUCCUAAUGCUUUUGAUGUGGUGACCAAUGCCAAGCGGACCCUCAGGGAGCUGAAGAUCCUUAAACACUUCAAACAUGACAACAUCAUUGCUAUCAAGGACAUCCUGAGGCCCACAGUGCCCUACGGAGAGUUCAAAUCUGUCUAUGUGGUCCUAGACCUGAUGGAGAGCGACCUACACCAGAUCAUCCACUCCUCACAGCCACUCACACUGGAGCACGUGCGCUACUUCCUGUACCAGCUGCUGCGGGGCCUCAAGUACAUGCACUCGGCUCAGGUCAUCCACCGUGACCUCAAGCCCUCUAACCUGUUGGUGAAUGAAAACUGUGAGCUCAAGAUUGGUGACUUUGGUAUGGCCCGCGGCCUGUGCACCUCGCCCGCUGAGCACCAGUACUUCAUGACCGAGUAUGUGGCCACGCGCUGGUACCGUGCCCCCGAGCUCAUGCUCUCUCUGCAUGAGUAUACGCAAGCUAUUGAUCUCUGGUCUGUGGGCUGCAUCUUUGGCGAGAUGUUGGCCCGGCGCCAGCUCUUCCCAGGCAAAAACUAUGUGCACCAGCUACAGUUGAUCAUGAUGGUGCUGGGUACCCCAUCGCCUGCUGUGAUUCAGGCUGUGGGGGCCGAGAGGGUGCGAGCUUAUAUCCAGAGCCUGCCACCACGCCAGCCUGUGCCUUGGGAGACGGUGUACCCAGGCGCCGACCGCCAAGCCCUCUCAUUGUUGGGCCGCAUGCUGCGUUUCGAGCCCAGUGGCCGCAUUUCAGCAGCUGCUGCCCUUCGCCAUCCCUUCCUGGCCAAGUACCAUGAUCCUGAUGAUGAGCCUGACUGUGCCCCACCCUUUGACUUUGCCUUUGACCGUGAAGCUCUCACUCGGGAGCGCAUUAAAGAGGCCAUCGUGGCCGAGAUCGAGGACUUCCAUGCACGCCGUGAAGGCAUCCGCCAACAGAUCCGCUUUCAGCCUUCCCUGCAGCCUGUGGCCAGUGAGCCCGACUGUCCAGACGUUGAGAUGCCCAGUCCCUGGGCUCCCAGUGGGGAUUGUGCCAUGGAGUCACCCCCACCAGCCCCACCUCCGUGCCCUGGCCCUACGCCUGACACUAUUGAUCUGACCCUGCAGCCACCCCCACCAGCCACUGAGCCUGUCCCACCAAAGAGAGACGGUGCCAUCUCAGACAACACCAAGGCAGCCCUCAAAGCUGCCCUGCUCAAGUCCUUGAAGAGCCGGAUCAGCGGUGCCUAUGGCCCCAGCGCACCACUGGAGGUCCCUGAGCCUAGGAAACCAGUGACUGCCCAGGAGCGCCAGCGAGAGCGGGAGGAGAAGCGGCGGCGGCGUCAGGAGCGUGCCAAAGAGCGGGAAAAGCGGCGGCAAGAGCGAGAACGCAAGGAACGGGGGACUGGGGCAUCUGGGGUCCCAUCCACUGACCCCCUAGCUGGACUAGUGCUCAGUGACAAUGACCGUAGCCUACUGGAACGCUGGACUCGCAUGGCCCGGCCACCUGUCCCAGCCCCCACNNNGGUCCCAGCCCCGACCCCUACCCCUACCCCAGCCCCAGCCCCCUCUCCAGCCCAGCCCACCAGUCCUGCCUCUGGCCCACCACUGCAGCCUACAGGCUCCACCCCUGCUCCUGCUCCCCAGCCUGCCUGCCCACCUGGGCCUGUCCCUGCUCCUCCUCUUCAAACCACCAGCCUCCUGGCCCCCCAGUCGCUUUUGCCACCCCCUGGGUUGCCUGGUCCUAGCACCCUGGGAGUUCUGCCUUACUUCCCUUCUGGCCCACCACCUCCAGACCCUGGGGGGCCCCCUCAGCCUUCCACGUCAGAGUCGCCUGAUGUGAACCUGGUGACCCAGCAGCUGUCCAAGUCACAGGUGGAGGACCCCCUGCCCCCUGUGUUUUCGGGCACUCCAAAGGGCAGUGGAGCUGGCUAUGGUGUUGGCUUUGACCUGGAAGAGUUCUUAAACCAGUCUUUCGACAUGGGCGUGGCUGACGGGCCACAGGAUGGCCAAGCGGACUCUGCCUCACUCUCGGCCUCCCUGCUUGCUGACUGGCUUGAGGGCCAUGGCAUGAACCCCGCUGACAUUGAGUCGCUACAGCGUGAAAUUCAGAUGGACUCCCCAAUGCUGCUGGCUGACCUGCCUGAUCUCCAGGAGCCCUGAAGCCUACAGCUUAUGCUUCACUGCCAGGGAGGAUGCAGCUUCAGGGCCUGUGAGGGCAUUCCCCAGGGCCUCAACCCUGGGCCUGGCAGGUAGACUCGGCUUCAAUUAUUCUG